GGCGUACUCAAUUCCGUGUUAACGUAUAAAGACGUUUUGGAUUCCUUGAAAGACUGAUCUGGUACUUGAGAUUAUAGCAGAAGAGAGACGAUGUCAAAGUAUCCCUUGAUAAAUUUUUUCAAGGGCCACCCCACCAAGACCUUAUUACCAAGGGAACAACUUGCUAACGGGUUUAGCAAAGUUUUACUUGAAUCAGACUACUCUUCUUACGAUGAAGAUCCAUUGAACCAACCACCAUUGACUUAUGGGACUGAUCCAGGUAACUUGGAUGUUAGAAAGACCAUUGCAAAAUGGAGUGAUGUCAAAUAUGGACGUGAGCACGUUCCAACAGAUGCAGAAAGCAUCAAUUUGACUGGAGGAGCCUCUUAUGGGAUUGCAAAUAUUUUAACUUCUGCCACUGACUCUGACAUCACUAAACGAGUUUUCGUGGUAUCACCCACGUAUUAUUUGAUUAAUUUUGCCUUCAUCGAUGCUGGUUUUGCUGAUAAGAUAAGUGCGGUUAAAGAAACCCCUGGUGGAGAAUAUGAGAUUGAUUUAGAUGAUUUAGAAGCAAAAUUAAUUAAGUAUAAUGAAAAUUUAGGUACUGUUGGUGAUCAAGAAAUCAACAUACAAAAAGAUCCUACUGGUAGGCCAUCAGUCAAAAAGUAUCGAUUUGUGAUCUACCUUGUGCCUACAUAUUCUAAUCCAGGUGGAUUGGUGUAUUCUUUUAAAACUAGAAGUAAACUUAUUGAACUAUCGAGAAAAUAUGAUAUUUUGAUCAUUAGUGAUGAUGUUUAUGAUUUUUUGAAUUAUGGGGAUGAUCAGGAUCUAAGUAAAAUUCCCAAAUUUGUUCAAAUUGACCGUGAUACCUUACCUGAAAACUUUACUUUUGGGAACACUGUGUCGAAUUCCUCUUUUUCCAAAUUGAUUGCUCCCGGUCUAAGAGUAGGAUAUCAAGAGACAGUUGGCAAACCAUUAGCUUUACAGUUAGCCAGUACUGGUGCAAACAAGUCAGGGGGUACCCCAGGUCAGUUAAACUCUUUCGUUGUUCAAACUUUGAUUAAUAAUGGUGAUCUAGAUAAGAUCAUAAAUAAUUUCAAGGGUAUCUACAAAAAACGGGCUCAGGUUUUAAUCCAAACCGUUCAAGAAUUAUUACCAGAAAAGUAUACCAGGCUUUACGGAGGUGAUGGGGGCUACUUUUUAUGGGUUGAAAUCAAAGCAGACAACGUUGAUACCCGCAAAAUCAAUAAGCUUUUGGCCGAUGAAUACAACGUCGUCAUACCAGAUGGUGAUAAUUUCGAGGUUAAUGGUGAUGUAAAGAAUUGGGGCCAACAUGGCUCAAGACUUUGUGUAUCAUUAUUGAAUGAAGAUGAAAUAAAACAAGGUAUACAGAGAUGGAGAGAAGUACUUGAACGUGAACAUCCAGAAUUAUUUUAAUCAAACUGCUUCUUGUUAGUAUAAGUUCAUAAAAUAUGACCAUUACUUGAUUCAUAUAUUCGGUUUAUAUUUCAG